UCUUCUUUGUUUUCAUCCUUAGCUAGCUUCCAUUAACACCAUCGAUCUAUUCAAUAGGUAUGGAGUUUUUUGGGCAAGCCAUGGUAGCAAAGCACGCAAAGAUAGAAGCUUACCAUGGCAAACAUCCCAUCAUGAGCACCAAUUCGUCCAUGAGAAGUAGUAUUCAGGACUACUUCGACGACCAUCACAUCCUUCCAUCUGAUUCCUUUGGUGGUUCGGCUGGAAAUGGGGUGACCAAAACUGAUCCUUCAGAGACCAAAUUCGAAUGGUUGAGAUCACAACUCAUCGGCCACAAUGUUAGAUUCGACACUCCCUUCGGAAAACGCAUUCUCACCUAUGCCGACCAUACCGCCUCCGGCAGAAGCCUUCAAUACAUUGAAAAUUUCAUCGCCACUAAUGUUCUUCCUUUCUAUGGGAACACGCAUACAAGUGAUAGCUAUGUGGGCCACAAGACCACCAAGAUGAUGAAGGAGUCCACCAAAUACAUCAAGACUUGCUUGGGUGCUGGACCUGAUGAUGCCAUCCUAUUCUGUGGUUCCGGCACCACCGCCGCAAUCAAACGCCUCCAGGAAGUGAUGGGAAUCGCAGUGCCUUCAAUCAUGAGAGAUAGGGUACUCCAGAGUCUGAGGAACGAGGAAAGAUGGUUGGUAUUUGUUGGGCCAUACGAGCAUCACUCCAACCUCCUCUCAUGGCGCAACAGCCUUGCAGAGGUGAUAGAGAUCGGUCUCGACAAUGAUGGAUUGGUAGACAUGGGAGACCUGAAGCACCAACUUGAGGCUCACAAGAAUUCAAACCGUCCUAUGGUGGGUUCAUUCUCAGCUUGUAGCAAUGUUACUGGAAUCUACUCUGACACACGUGCCAUUGCCCGCCUUCUCCAUCAAUAUGGAGCUUUUGCAUGCUUCGAUUACGCUGCUAGUGGUCCUUAUGUAGAGAUCGACAUGAGAUCAGGGGAGCUAGAAGGCUAUGAUGCAGUUUUUAUGAGCCCACAUAAAUUUCUUGGUGGGCCUGGAACCCCGGGCCUUCUUUUGAUGAACAAGGCCUUAUACAAAUUGAGAUCUUCUGCCCCUUCUACUUGUGGAGGUGGAACUGUUGAUUUCGUCAAUGGUUUCAGUGAAGAGCACACUUUGUAUUACGAAGAUGUGGAAGAGAGGGAAGACGCAGGAACUCCAGCCAUAGUUCAGAAGAUAAGAGCAGCACUUGUUUUUUGGGUGAAAGACUUCAUCGGUUACGAUGUGAUUGAAAACCAGGAGCAUAUCUACAUAAGUGCAGCCCUUAAGAGACUCCUUCCCAACCCAAACAUAUUGGUGUUGGGGAAUACAAAGGCACCGAGACAAGCGAUCCUCUCCUUCGUGAUUUACUCCACUACUAAUUCGACCUCUCAUGACUUAAAGCAUGAAACAAAUCAGUUUGGAGGUGAUACUAGAAACAGUGGAAGAGAUAGAGGUCUUCAUAUGUGGGCAGAGUCAGGAAACAAGAGAGACAAGCCUCUCCAUGGACCUUUUGUUGCAAAGCUCCUCAACGAUCUCUUCGGCAUCCAGGCUCGAGCCGGCUGCGCUUGUGCUGCUCCCUAUGGUCACCAUUUGCUUGGCGUCGAUGAAACUCGUUCAUUAGCCUUUCGCUCUGCCAUCGAUGAGGGCUACGUUGGUGUGAAACCUGGAUGGACUAGAGUUAGCUUUCCUUAUUACAUGUCAAUUGAAGAAUUGGAGUUCACCCUUGCUGCAUUGGAGUUCAUUGCCACGUAUGGUCAACGCUUCCUUCCUCUUUACAGCUUCAAUUGGAAAACCGGUAGUUGGAGCUUUAAGUCGAAAGCUUUCAUGGAGAAUAUAUUAGGGGAGGAUUACUCCACCCUUGAUUUGGGUGAUGACUUGUCGCUAAGUACUGAAGCUAUGCCCAAGAUGAAAAUGAUCAAUCACAGUGGAUCAAGAGAUGGUGGAGAUAGUUACAGUGAUAAGAAGGCUUCUGGGGUGAUUGGUUUAUAUGCUUCUUACUUAAAGACAGCUAAAUAUGUGGCAGGUUUCCUCCCCAAGUUCCCUCCCCAAAGGAGGAUUCCAAAAGAUUUGGAUCCCAGCCUUGCACACUUUAGGGUAUAGAUAUAG